UAAGAGGUGCAACGGCUCUGAUGAUCCAAACAAUUCGACCGUUGGAGUUUACACAUCCGCUCGGGUGAGAAGUAGAAAGAAGGCUUUCUUCCCUUUCUUUAAAAUCGGACAACGGGAUGAGAAGAGUUAAACGAAGCAGAAGGUAAGAGAAAGAAAGAAAGGGAGAAGCAAAUAAUUUGCUUUCUUGAUUACGUUUACCCCUGUCGCAUAGAUCUCAGUAGGGACGGCGGCGAGCCAGAUCACGGAAGGGAGGGAGUCGCUGAGCACUCGCCUUCAUUCCUUGUUCUCCUCCGUGUUUUCCAGUAUCUUCUGGCACAACCAGAACCAGGAAGAAGAAGAAAGAGAGGAGAUGGCCACAAGGAACAACCAUGUUGCUGUUAAUGCGCAGCAGAGAGAUAAGGGAGGUGCCUUGCCGGCUGGUAAGGCCAAGGUAACUGAUGGUCCAGGUGAUGCUAAGAACCGGAAGGCUCUUGAAGAUAUUGGCAAUCUGGUUAAUCUCCGUAUUGCAGAUGGGAAGGCAAUUAAUCGCCCAAUAACGAGAAGUUUUGGUGCACAGUUGCUAGCCAACGCACAAGCUGCUGGUGCCGCUAAUAAGAAUGUUCUAAAGCAAGCAGCUUUACCUGCCAAUGGGGCUGCGAAGAAGAAGCCCGCAAUCAAAAAUACAAAGCCGGAGGUGGUCAUAGAUAUAACAAGCCCUAUAACAGAUCCAAAGGAGAAGCAGGGGAAAAAGAAACCACGUGCUUCCUCAUCAAAGAGGAACGUCCACUCUCUAACUUAUGUGCUUUCAGCUCGUAGCAAGGUUGCUUGUGGGAUUGUAGAUAUUGAUGCUGCAGAUGCAGGGAAUGAAUUGUCCAUGGUUGAUUACGUCGAGGAUCUAUACAAGUUCUACAAACACCAUGAGAAAGUGUGCAGCCCUCGGGACUACAUGGGCUCUCAAAUCGAAAUAAAUGCGAAGAUGAGAGCCAUACUUGUGGAUUGGCUGUUAGAAGUGCACCACAAAUUUGAACUGAUGCCUGAGACUCUUUAUCUCACAAUGUUCAUCAUCGACCGCUUUCUCUCCAUAGAGUCUGUGCAUAGGAAAGAGCUGCAGCUUGUAGGUAUUAGCGCCAUGCUCAUUGCGUCAAAAUAUGAAGAAAUAUGGGCUCCAGAGGUUAAUGAUUUUAUUUGCAUUUCGGAUCGGGCCUAUACUAGAGAACAAAUACUUAGAAUGGAGAAGGCGAUUUUGAACAAGCUCGACUGGAAGUUGACAUUCCCAACCCCGUAUGUGUUCAUUGUCAGAUUCCUGAAGGCUGCAGUUUCUGAUAAGGAGAUGGAACACAUGACAUUCUUCUUUGCUGAACUAGCAUUGCUGCAUUACUCCAUAGCCAUGCACUGCCCUUCUCUGAUUGCUGCUUCUGCCGUCUAUGCCGCUCGAUGCACAUUGAAUAAGACUCCACUGUGGAGCAAAACUCUAGAGUACCAUACUGGCUACUUGGAGAAGAAUUUGUUGGAGUGUGCGAAGAUGAUGGUGGGCUACCAUUCUUCUGCGGCAGAUAGCAAGCUCUAUGUGCUCUACAGAAAAUACUCAAAAGAGGAGUUUGGGUCUGUUGCGUUGAAGUCUCCAGCUACCAAGUUUGCAGAGGAUUUGAAAGUAUUGCUCUGAUUUUGGUUUUCCAUCUAUCAUCAAGUUGAUGAUAUAACUUCGUUUUUGUUGCUGUGUUUGUUUUACUUUCUUUAGCUGAAAGUGACAGGUUUUUUUUUUCAUUUUGUUC